CAGGUUGACGCGCGGUUAUACGUCAGGGCAGCUGAAGAAAAUAAGAUAGAGAGAGAGUUUGAAAGUAGGUCUUAGUCGUUCAGUCAGUUGUCGACUACGUGUCUGGACGAUUGGUUAGCAUAAUGAUUGUGUUAUUGUGCAUGCUGAUCGUCUUUGGUUUAAGUCAUGGCGAUGAUCUUCCAUCAAAAAUUGAAGUUGAGAACUCGAUCAAUCGAACGAUUAACGAAGUCGAGAGAUUGAUUCGUGAGAACUCGACUUUGCCGCAUCUCACUAGGAAUGAAAUCGUCGAAAUUCUUUUAAACAUUACAACAUCCAAAAACCUAGAGACGCUUAAAAAUAAAGAGACAAUUGAGAAAGCAAGAAAGCUUUAUGAAAGAGCAUUAAUGGUGGUUUUACCAUACAAUGCAGAAGAUGCGAAAGACAAUAUAAAAGAUCUAUAUACCAAGCCACCGAUAGUUCAAAUAAUUGCAGACUCUUCUUCUAAAGACUCGAAAGACUUUAAUGUGUGGAAAAGCGAAAAAUUACCAUACAGCACACUUACACAGAAAAUACAACGUGGUGAAGAACCUCUUGAAAAUUUGGUAGUAACACAUGCCUCAGAGAAAGAGAAUUCAUCCAUCAAAACGCAAUAUAAAAAUCACAGAGAAACAUAUUCGGAAAUGCGUAAAACGCCGUUAAAGGAGACAUUGAAAUUUGAAUCGGCACCAAUCAAAUUUAGCUUUAAUUUGGACAAUCUACAAAAGCAAUCAGCGAUCAAUGAAGCACCUUCAACUAGCACUAAGCGACCAGUGUUUCAAAGAGAAUCUUCAUCAACUAAAAAUGAAGAAGUCUACAUAAUAUACAGUACAAGUGCGACAACAAUGCGACCAGUGGAGACGAGUUCUAAGAAGGAUAAUAUUUUGACGAUUAAUUUAAAAGAAUCACAAACAACAUCUCGUCCUUUGAAAUACAAUGAAAAUGUUUUAUCUAUUGAUCAAUGGCAUUAUAACGCACCAACAAGUACUACGGAAAGUCCUACGACAUCAUUGAAAUCUUUAGAUUCGCCUUUUAAGAUAUCAUUAAAAGACGUUGUGAUGCCAACUGUAAUUAGUAAAGUUGAGGAUCCUCCAGAAAUUACGAAGAUACCACUCGAAAAAAUACAAAUGACGGAUGCGGAGCAAUCAACUUCUGUCUAUGUAACACCAACAUCCUCUUCUCUUUCUUCUUCUUCCGAAAAAUACAAUUCUACUUAUAAUUUAAAUUCUGGAGGUUUUCGUGAUAUUACAACAACAACAAUGCGACCAGAAGUCAUGGAAUUGCUUGCUUCAAUUGGACUUCGACCGGAAAAUUCUACGAAUGUGGAGGAAGUGUUUAAAAAAAAUGAAGAAAGUCUGAAAAAUAAAUCUGUCAUUUCCAAUAGUAACGGCAUUGUUUAUCCAACGAUUUCCGGCCUGACAGGCGUUGUACCAGAUUCGCCCUCGAUAACAGCUCAAAAUACUUUCAACAAUCCUGUUCUAGAGAUUGGAAAAGGAAUGAAUAAUUUAACGCCAGAUGUACAGUUACUCUUUCAGCGAUUCGGUCUGCAGAAGUCUAAUCUAAUGACAACCACAACAUCCACGCCCAGGCCAACCGUGAAUACAAAUUCUUAUACAAAUUUCAAACCUUUACCGACGUCUAAGAUAAAAAAUGAAGAUAUGAAAGAAUUUUUGGCACAGUUCGGUCUUGGCAUCAGUGAUAAUAGGCAAAAGAAAGCUAUGCCGGUAUCGACAGAACGGCCAUCGUUGAUCGAGGUUGUUCCGGAUAACAUGAGGCAAAUUUUAGAGAAUAUAGGUCUCAUAGGUUCUCGCAAGACAUCGAAAACAGUACCGAAAAUGAAGGAAAGAGAGAAGGAUGUAGAACCAAAAAACACAACCAAGUUCCAUAUAUUUAAACCCCAUGAAGUCCAAGUAAAGGACGAAAGACAAAAGAUGAAAAUCAACGAGUUAUUGGACAUUAUCAACAAAUUAGUUCAAGAGGGUAAGACAAAUACGGAGGAUGUGCAAAGGGUAGCCGACGACUUGCUCAUAAACAUGAAAACCCUGAAGGAUGGUCCAAAUCCGCUAGAUGUAGAAGACAUUAUUAGAAUCUAUAACGAAGACAUAAAGAAUGAAGUAAAAAGACAAAAUCCGGAAGAACCUGUUGAGACAACCACUAUUGGCGAUGAAGAUCUCGCGAAGAACACGACAACAACUACUGAAUCUAUAAAUGUUUCCUCGACGAUCCCAACAACAACGCCCACGAUUGAAUCAGAUUCAGCAAAGAAUGGCUCAAUUCUUCUUCCGGAUAUAUUAUCACCCGUACCAAUGCCAUCGACAUCCACAAAUGCAAAUCUUAUAGCACUAGAGGAAUCCUUUGGUGGAACCACUCGUGCACCAGAUCCUGUUUUACCAACUAAACGAAGAAGCGGUCUCUAUUUUCUCGUGGACUGGAAUACCUUUCUCGAAGUUGGUGACGACGACAGCGAAAAAGUGAACCUAAGAUUCCAACCGAAAGUUGGCGACAGAACAAGAUUUCUACCAAUCAGUGUACCAUAAUUUAUAAAGAACAAUUUUAUUACGUAAUAUUUUUUCCAAUGUAAAUGUUACUUUAAUCCUUAGAUUCUUAUAUCUAUAUUCAUAAUUUA